AUGUUGGACGUUGAAGACGACAGCUUUCACGUCACACGUGAAGGCUACUCCCAUCUGAGUGACCCAGAAUGGGAGGUAGUCGGUCGCAUGUGUGUACUCGUGGGCGAACCCGCCAUCAGUGGUAUGAUGGAGCCUCUAAGCAGAGACCAGAAAUAUGCUGCUAUCAACAAGUUCCUACAAGGGGAACUUGCCAUCGAAAGACAAAAGAUAGCCUUUCUACACAAGCAAGGCUUUUAUCAGUCGAUGGGUGGGCCGACGCACAUGCGUCGACCCGAAACCUUGAAGAUUGAUAUCUCAAGAUUCAAGGGAACCGAUGAAGAUUCCCUUUUGAGAUGGUUCGUCGAGUUAGACGAUGCCAUUAAGGCCCGUCACAUCGAGGGUGACGAGAUGCAAGUCACCUUUGCCCUGUCAAAUCUGACGGGACGAGCAAGAUUUGGGCCUUAG